GUUGCCGUCACGAGGUCUUACGCUCACGAUUUUGAAGAAAUUCCCCGAAAAAAUUAUACGAUGGUUCUAUGAAUUUGAAAAAAUUGCGUAAUUUGCGCUAAGACGCGAAUUUUAGUUGCGGGCAUUUGCGGGCUGGAAGCAGUGAACUGUAUAGUGUAUAGAAGCCUAGAAGUUAAUACUGCAAAUUCUAUCAUAUCUUUAAAUGAAUUUAUCUAUUUAAAACGUUUUUUUAUUAUUGUACGAUAUUUCUUUGCUUCAAGGAGUUAUAUAAGAUGUCUGAUUUUCGUGUAUUGUCCAUUCAAAGUCACGUUGUUCAUGGUUAUGUUGGUAAUAAGUCAGCAACGUUUCCUCUACAGAUUCAUGGUUUUGAAGUAGAUGCUAUAAAUUCAGUCCAAUUCUCAAAUCACACAGGGUAUGGAUAUUGGAAAGGACAGGUGUUGAAUUCUGAUGAACUAAAAGAUCUUUAUGAAGGACUUAAACUAAACAAAAUAAAUAACUACACUCAUCUAUUAACUGGCUAUGUUGGAUCAGAAUCUUUCCUUGAAGAAGUGGUCAAUGUUUUGUUAGAUUUAAGAAAAGUCAAUCCUAACUUAGUGUUUGUUUGUGAUCCAGUCAUGGGGGAUAAUGGAAAAUAUUAUGUGCCAGAGUCAUUGCUACCUAUUUAUCGAGAUAAGCUGCUGCCAUUGGCAGAUAUAAUCACACCAAACCAAUUUGAGGCUGAAUUACUAAGUGGUAUGAAAAUAAAUUGUGAAGAAGAUGCAUUCAAGGCAAUGGGUAUUUUUCAUAAGAUGGGAACAAAGUCGGUUGUUAUAACAAGUUCUGAAUUGGGAAAUGAAAAUAUGCUGGUUGCAUUAGGGAGCUCAGUGAAUGCUGAAUCGUCAGGCAAUGGCCAAAGGUCAUCAAUACGAAUGGAGAUACCAAAAUUGCCAGCAAUUUUUACAGGGACUGGUGAUCUAUUUGCAAGUUUAUUGUUAGUUUGGAUGCAAAAACAUCCAAGUGAUUUAAAACUUGCUUGUGAGAAAACCAUGUCUGCUGUGCAAGCUGUUUUGAGAAGAACAUUGAAAGAAGCUCAAGGGCUUGCAGGAGAGGGCCUAGAGCCAAGCAGAGCUCAGAUGGAACUACGUUUGAUCAAGAGCAUGACUGAAAUAAUGAAUCCACAGGUAGAUUAUAAAGCCACCAUAGUAGAGUUUUAAUAUUUAUAUUUAAUUAUUAAUAUAUUUAGAAAAGGGGGUCAAUACUUAGUGCUGAUGCAUGGGCAACAAAUAAUCAUGCGUACUUCAAUCAUCAUAUUUCAUACAUGAUAUACAUGCAAGGGGGUUGGUACAU